CGCCCACUCGACUGACGGGCGUGACGGCAGCCAGCCGGUACCGAGUACUGAGACGAGACGAGACGAGAUCUCGGCCUCCCUCCCAAGUCGUCCGUCGUCGGCUCCCGAAAAGGACCUCACACUCCCUCCCUCCCCACCCCUCUCCGCCCACUGCACAGUCCAAAUCCCCACUCCACCCCGCCGACGAUGCCCAAGCCGCUCUUCCUCCUCCUGCUGCUCCUCCCCCUCCUCGCGGCGGCCGCCCACUCCUCACCGGAGGUCCCGGUCCCGGAUGCGGCGGCGGCGGGGGCGCGCAUGGUGCCGAUGGCCCCGGCGGGGGUGGGGUUCAGCGGGGUGGUGCUGAACGAGACGCGGCGGCGGCUGGGGAGCUUCCAGCUCUGCGCGCCCUGCACCUGCUGCGGCGGGCCCAGGGGCGUCUGCGUCCUCUCCCCGUGCUGCUACGCCAUCAACUGCAACAUCCCCAACCGCCCCUUCGGAUUCUGCUCCUUCACCCCCAGGUCAUGCGACUGCCUCCGCUGCAACGUCUGACCCUCUGCUUCCCAGCGCCAUAUGGGCGAGGGCAAUGUUCAGACUUGAGAGUCAUAGUAAGUAUUUUUAGGGGAAAGAGGACGGACGGACGGACAUGAUAGCAUGAGAGCUCCCCCCCCCCCCCCCCCCCCCCCGCCCGAAUGCUUGCUUGCUUGCUUGCCGAUUUGUUAUUGUUUUUCUUAGUCCUAUUAUACUAGCCAUUUUGCUGCCGAAUUGUUAUUAAGUAUAUCGUGUAGCUGCUACCUCCGGAUGGAUGGAAUUGGUUCGCUAGCACAAGAGUGCCACUUCUGGGAUUGCCCUGGGACAUUGCGUGUCUCGUCUCAUCGAUGCUUUUCUUCAUACAUCUAGUUAACAAGUGUGGAGAUUCAGUGCCUUUUAUUAUUGGUUGGUA